GGUCAGAGUCGCGAAACUAAAAGGCAGAAGGAUCCGCUUCACGUCAUGUGAUGCGGACGACAUCAAUCUGGUUUCAAUUAUCUCGCUUGAAUAAUUAGAAUCUCAAGUUUCUCACUAUUUACACGUGAAACGACACUACACCGUGGGGAAGCCCCAUUUCCCGCAGAGAGUCAAACAGAGUAUCCAAGAACACCGGCCGAGAGAAAGAUGUCUAGAGAGUCCACAGAUCCAACGAUCGCUCUCGUGACUGGGGCAAAUCAGGGCAUUGGCUACGAAAUAGUCAAACAAUUGGCUUCGCAACAUCCAGACUAUCACAUACUUAUGACAGGGCGGCGGCAAGACGCCAUUACAAAAGCAGCUUCAGAACUCCAAGCAGCCGGGAUGAAUGUCGAGCCCCUUGUACUCGAUAUCACCUCUGACAACAGCAUCAAAUCAGCCGUUGAUAUAGUUCAAGCCAAGUUUGGUCACCUCGAUGUCCUCAUCAACAACGCCGCUAUCCUCUUAGGCAGACCGGAGGACUCAAUCAGACAGAGACUCACCACUGUCUUCGACACCAACGUUUUUGGGACGAUCGCCGUCACUGAAGCCUUCAUACCGCUUCUUCGCAAUUCUACCAAGGUCAAACGCAUUGUCUUCGUCAGUUCCGGGCUUGGAAGUCUCGCCAUCAGGGCAGACCUGAGCCUGCAAGCAAAGGAUUACAUCGAGUACGGCUCGAGCAAAGCGGCGCUCAACCACGCCGCGCUGACCUUAGCCACAAGACAUAGAGAAAAUGAUUCUUGGAAAUUCAAUAUCUGCUGCCCUGGCCACUGUGCCACCAGCAUGACUGGGUAUAACGCACCAAAUGAGGCUGCACUAGGGGCAGUCCGAGCAGUUCAAUUGGCGACUUUGGGGCCUGAUGGAGUCAAUGCGACGUUUUCUAGUCGAAAUGGGCCGCUCCCAUGGUAAACGUACGAGCAGUGGAGUAAAUAGGGCGAGAUACCGUAUAAUAUCUGCCCAC